UGCGCCUUCUCUGGCUACCAGCUUCUGAUCAUUUUGCGUAUCUUCUCUUGAGCAAAAUGCCAGAGCCUUCUAAAUCUGCUCCAGCCCCUAAGAAGGGAUCUAAGAAAGCCAUUUCUAAAGCUCAGAAAAAGGAUGGCAAGAAGCGCAAGCGCAGCCGCAAGGAGAGCUACUCGGUGUACGUGUACAAGGUGCUGAAGCAAGUGCACCCGGACACCGGCAUCUCCUCCAAGGCCAUGGGCAUCAUGAACUCGUUCGUCAACGACAUCUUCGAGCGCAUCGCGAGCGAGGCGUCCCGCCUGGCGCAUUACAACAAGCGCUCGACCAUCACGUCCCGGGAGAUCCAGACGGCCGUGCGCCUGCUGCUGCCCGGGGAGCUGGCCAAGCACGCCGUGUCCGAGGGAACCAAGGCCGUCACCAAGUACACCAGCUCCAAGUGAGCUUACAGAGCUCACAACAAACACAAAGGCUCUUUUAAGAGCC